GUUUACGUGACUUCACUUGUAAAAUCUAAUCUAAUUCUUAGAAAACGUCCUCGGUCACCUUCCCUCACUCUCAUUUUCCUAUUGACCACAAUUGGUUUCAGCUGUUUUCCCCUUAUCAACCGUUUUCCGAUAACGUUUUUUUUAAAUGGCUCAACAAGAGUAUAAGCUUCUCGGUGAGCAGUUGUUUACGUAUAAAGGCCAGGUGUUUCCCGUGGCUGACACGCAUGAAUUAACCACGGAAUAUAUCGACAGCUUGGAACACUUUGAGAUCAAGGACAGUGAUGUUUUCCUUGUCACUUUCCCCAAAUCAGGUACAGUAUGGACCCAGCGUAUCAUCACCCUGUUGUUUGAGGAUGAUUUCCCAGAGGAGGCUAACCAGACCACCUUUGUGAGGAUGCCCUGGCUGGAGAUCCUGGAGAAGGGGAAGACCUACACCGAGAGACCCUCUCCACGCCUCUUCUGCUCCCAUCUACACCAGGAACUUAUGCCCAAGGGCCUGCAGAAGAUGAGGGCUAAAGUAAUCUAUGUGACCAGGAACCCUAAAGACAUCCUGGUGUCCUACUUCCACUUCUCUAAGUUCAUGAAGAAUCUGGACAGUCCAGAACACUAUGACGAGAUGCUGGACAAGUUCUUCUGUGGAUGGAUGCUUGGUGGCUGCUGGUUCGACCAUGUCAGAGGAUGGUACAACAACCAGGACAAAUACAACAUCCUGUUCCUCAGCUAUGAAGAGAUGAUCAAGGACCUGAGAUCGGUGGUAGAGCGUCUGGCUGAGUUUGUCGGGAAGAGCCUAUCUGAUGCAGCUAUAGACAGCAUAGUGGAGAAAGUCACCUUCAAUAACAUGAAGAAAGAUGACAAGGCCAACUAUGAGUUCUUGCCUGAGAUCGUCGAUGACAAGAAGAAGGGGAAGUUCCUACGCAAAGGUACCAUAGGAGACUGGAAGAACUCGUUGACGGUGGCUCAGAGUGAACGCUUUGACCAGAUCUAUCAGGAGAGGAUGAAGGACCUGUCUCUCACCUUCGUCUGGGACAUCACAGAGCUUCAAGGCUGAUACAGACACCCCCCCCCCCCCCACCAAAAAAAGCAUCAUUCAGCACUAAAUCAAUAAUUACAACAUAUAUAAAUACUAAAAUAAGACUCAUAAAUAUCAAAAAGAAGUAACAAAGACAAAUAUAAACAAAUUGUGGUAUAUAAAUACAAUUAAAAAGAUAAUUGAAUUAUUAGCCUAUUGCUAAUAAAAACACACAAAUAAAACUCAAUUGCACAAAUCAUAUAUCCCACAAAUACACAAAUAGAAUAACACACGUAUAAAAAAGAGAACCUGAUUAUUACACUAUUGAACUUCAAACAAGAAACAUACUCAACUAAAUUGCACAACUAAUUGCAUUACUAAUUGCAUUAGUACUGUACUAAGUUAGAGGUGCGCUAUUUGAUAGAUUCCCCACUCCCCCUCCCUCUGGCUUCCAGUGGGGAGACCUGAGGUCAACCUACCCCCGCCCCCCUCCCCAUCUCAUACUUUUGAGUGGGAGGCCUACCUAGCUCACAAACUAGAAUCAGGGUGCCCACUCCGACAAGGUUCAUUUACCCACAGUCCCACACGGUGACAUGAUAUCAUUGAUGUAAUGAGCAAAUGAGCGAUGGAAAACCGAUCAUGUCACCAUUCAGAAUAUUAUUAUUAUUUUUAUUUUGUGUGGGUGCCCCAUGCUGUCCCCGGCAAGAUGCCGCCCAGGGCGGCUGCCCAUGUCACCUAUGCCUAAAUCCUCCACUGCAUACAUUAUACUUUCUCACUCACUCACUCACUCACUCACUCACUCACUCACUCACUCACACACACACACACACACACACAAAUACAUACUCUCUCUCUCUCUCUCACACACACACACACACACAAAUACAUACUCUCUCUCUCUCUCACACACACACAAAUACAUACUCUCUCUCUCUCUCUCUCUCUCUCUCUCUCUCUCUCUCACACACACACACACACACAAAUACAUACUCUCUCUCUCUCUCACACACACACAAAUACAUACUCUCUCUCUCUCUCUCUCUCUCUCUCUCACACACACACACACACAAAUACAUACUCUCUCUCUCUCUCUCUCUCGCACACACACACAAAUACAUACUCUCUCUCUCACACACACACACACAAAUACAUACUCUCUCUCUCUCUCUCUCUCACACACACAAAUACAUACUCUCUCUCUCUCUCUCUCUCUCUCUCUCACACACACAAAUACAUACUCUCUCUCUCUCACACUCUCACACACACAAAUACAUACUCUCUCUCUCUCUCACACACACACACACAAAUACAUACUCUCUCUCUCUCUCUCACACACACACACAAAUACAUACUCUCUCUCUCUCUCUCUCUCUCUCACACACACACACAAAUACAUACUCUCUCUCUCUCUCACACACACACAAAUACAUACUCUCUCUCUCUCACACACACACAAAUACAUACUCUCUCUCUCUCUCUCUCUCACACACACAAAUACAUACUCUCUCUCUCUCUCUCUCUCACACACACAAAUACAUACUCUCUCUCUCACACACACACAAAUACAUACUCUCUCUCUCUCUCUCUCACACACACACACCUUAAAUAUUAUUUCCAUGAACUGUUCAAUUUAGUUCCACAAAUAUCCUACUCUUUUAAUAAUGUGAAUAAAAAUGAAAUAUAUUCAUUUAAUUAAAAGACUCAUGCAAAUAUAAUCGGUAUAAUAUACUUCAUUACAUUAAAAUGGAAUAUUGUAUUAA